CCAUCUGGUAGAUACGACGCGCAAAGCGAGCGCAAAGGCCUUGACGUAAAGGCAAUCAUUCAAAGCGCAACCCUGCAAACAGGUCGAUACCCAAUCAAAGGUGGAAGUUCGCUACAAACUCACGUUAGCGAGCGCAAAGAUGUGCAGGAGUGGGAACUUUACGAGAGGCAAAUAUGCAUUUUCUCUUUUUGUACGAAGCGCAUUUCGGGCCCUCUGGGCAGACGUGCCCAUAGAUACAGUCGUUGCCCAUGUUGCAGUGUUUAUCUGCAAGCGUGAUACUCUCAAGAUACUCCGCUGCUUCUGGACCAAUAAACACACCUUUCGCGAUAUGUAUGCAAGGGCAAUUCAUGCGAUAUUCCUUCAGAACCCUCUCCCUGUCCUCUUCGGUCACGUAGUAUUCGUGACUAUGCCUGCACGAACCCUUGCGCGUGCAAUAACCGCGCGCGACAAAAUAAAUGCAGGGUAUAGGAGAGUCUAAUGCAGGGUGAAUCAGUAUCAGUGGUUCACGACAAGCUAGUGGGC